AUGUCCUUGAGCCUUGAUGAUAAACUCCUCGGAGAGAAGGUGCAUUACUACUGCAGCAGUAGUGAGGAUGAGGCUGAUGAAGGGGAUGACAGCGAUGGAGGAGGAGCUGACGAUGAAGGCAGCAGCGGCCAUAAAGUUGUGCGUGAAGGAAACGCUAUUUCGCCAACAGAUAUGCUGGCUGAUGGUUAUGGGCCUGGUGUGACAAAUACAGGUCCUAAGGGAGUGAUUAAAGACUGGAGAGAAUAUAAGAGACUUCAGACGGAGAAACGAGAAGAGCAGGAGAGAGAGAGGAUUCAGCUGGCAAAAAAGCUGACAUUGACCUGUCGAUCACAUCUCAAUGAUGAAGAAGAAAAAAAUGAGGAUCAGAAGUUUCUGGAAGAAUUAGACGAAUUGGAGGAUGAAUUUCUCAAAGAGUAUCGCUUGAAGCGAAUAGAGGAGAUGAGAAAAGCACUGGCUGAAGUGCCAAAGUUUGGGAAGUUGGUAACUCUGACGUCACAGAAUUUUAUUGAAGAGGUUGACGGAGAGAACCCGGGUGUUACCAUAAUUGUUCACAUUUAUGAUCCGUUUGUUGGUAGGUGUGGCUGCAGUGGAAAUGUAAGGUCAGGUUGCAAGUGUGCUUUGGAAGGUGUUCCCGCCCUGCUUGUGUACAAGAACAAAGAACUCAUUGGUAAUUUCAUUCGUUUGAAGGAUGAGUUUGGAGACGAUUUCUACGCUAGCGAUAUUGAAAGUUUUCUGCAAGAACAUGGAUUCCUGCCGUCCCAGGAUUCCAUUCGUGUGAUUCGUGAUCAGCAUACAGGGGAGAUCCGUGGAACUCUUCAACAAGAAGGAAAUGACAGUGAUUUUGAUAUUGAUUAG